CGCCGUGUGCGGGUGGUCGCGGUGGAUAUGCAGGGCCGCGGUGGCUGCGUGACACGCCUGCGCCACCAAGGCGCCCACGGGCCAGGAGAACGGAGCCUGCGAUAGAUCUCUUCGUAGCACCAAGUACUGUACCAGGAACUGCGGCUCUGCGGCAGGGGCCGCCAUCUUCCCGACCGUCGGGGAGGCUGGGCUCAGUCCGCGGUGCAUUCUGGGAUCGGGGAGGGGUGCUGAGCGCCGCCAUGUUUCUGUACGGCGGAAGCACAAAGGACGCCGGAAGCGCAAAGGACGUCGGGACCGACUGGGCUCGUUUCGAAGGCGAGAAAGGCGGGAACUUAUAACCUGGCCUGGCUCCGCUUUAAAACAAGAAGGAAAAUAGGCCCCGCUCGCCGGGGCAGCUUCGUAGGACGCGAUGGAGGCAGCGGACGGGAUGGCGCCAGCGCACACUGGUCCAGAGGGCGAGGCCGCAGGAGGUGUCCUAGCUCAUUUGGAAAGACUAGAGAUUCAGAUGCACAGGUCUCGGGAACACCGGGAAGAGCCACCGCCAGCAGCGGCGGCGGAGGACGGCACCCUGGAGGCCAAGGUCCAGAAGCUAAGAGUUCUGCGCGACCAGCUGAGGGCCGAGGUGAAGCGCCGGCAAGCCAACGUGGAAGCCAGUCUAGAACCUGACCAAGCCCUGGAGGCAAGCGAGCAAGAAGAUUUAGAGGCAAAACGGGAAAAUUUGAAAGCCCUUCUGCAGGCAUAUUGGUUUACAGGGCUCAGCGGGAAGCUGACCAGCCGUGGGGUCUGUAUCUGCAUCAACACUGCCUUCGAGGGGCACCUCCUGGAGUCCUAUUUUGUGGACCUGGUCAUACAGAAGCCGGUUCGGAUCCAUCACCACUCAGUUCCGGCCUUCAUUCCCCUCCAGGAGCUCGCUGCAAAGUACUUACAGACUGACAUUCAGCACUUCCUCUUCAGUCUCUGCGAAUACCUGAAUGCGUACGCGGGGAGGAAGUACCAGGCGGAUCAGCUUCAGAGCGACUUUGCCUCCUAUCUGGCUGGGCCCCUGCAGAGAAACCCACAGUGCAACCUGCUAUCGUUCAUGUACAAAGUAGAGCCAGCGGGCCGGUCCUUUCCAUUCUGUGCCCGGCUGUUGUAUAAGGACCUCACAGUUAGUCUCCCGACAGAUGUCACCAUCACCUAUCAAGGGACAGAUGCGCUGUCCACCUCCCGGGAAGAACAGCGAGUCUCGCACGAGCGUCUCUUUCGCACGGAGUCGCUGCAGAAGGUGUUCGCUUCGUUCGCAAGAGGAGAGCAGCUGGUCUUUUGAAAGCCGGUUUCAUCGGGAGCCUUGCCAAGAGGGAACUGAGGGUCUGGGAACGGGAAAUGCUGUGGCCCGUCAUGGCGGUGAGAGCCCGCCCUCUCCCCGGGAUGAUACGGGCAGGGCUGUCUUCAAGGCGUUCUCUUUUAGGGCCGCUCUCACCUGUCUGAGCAUUUACUAGAAUACGCAAGGCCCCUGUUCUUCCGAGGUGUUAUUUAAGCGCACGUGUUCGAUGGAGUCAAAGUGGUUUGUGGGGAGUAGAGGGCACGGUGUGAGAGAGGGAAGGUGUGUCCUUCAACUGACUUCUGUGGGAGUUUUGAGCAACGUUGCCUCCUUUUCUUGGGCCUUUUAGAAGGAAGCUCUUGACCAGAGGUGACCUGCACAGAAGGGAGGGUCACCUUUGGCUUGGAGCAGGGCAUUGUGGGCGGUUGCUAUGGGAAGGGUAGUGUGUGCAGCUACUGUGGAGAGACAGACGUCAGGGUUUCCUGAAACAUUCUGCAAGAGAGCUGAGUGUGUUUAAGUCACCUAUGAAAGAAUAUACCUGCCCGAACCCCAGUCAUUGUCCAGGGGAGCAGACCUCUGCCCUCUCCCCGCCCCUGCAGACACCAAGCUAUGAUGGCGGUGUGGUUUCGGCCCCGUCUCCUUGGCUGUAUAAUGGACCAUUUUCCCCUGUGACCGUGGACCUGGGAGUGGUUGGCGUUUUUUUGUCCCUGGCUUAGGAGAGUAUGUGGAGGGCCAGUUCACAGACAAGAACACGUGUUUCUGGUGGACCAUUUCUACCCCUUGCUCGAGUGUCCUCAUGUUACUGUCCCCAGGCCCCAAGCUGUGUUCCUGCUUAGCUCUAACCAGUCACUUGGGGCCCCGCGCUCCAAUCAGGGAGGCCCGCUUGGGCCAGUGGAGCCUAAAGGGCGGGGCUCCUAGCUGAGGCUCUGGCUCCGGCGCGUGGAGGGGACCCAGAGUACGACGCGCUCUCUCCAGUUGGGCGUGCACACACUUCUAGGAUGACCACAGUCAAGUUGAAUAAAGCUUUAAUAAAACAGUC